CGUUCGCGGAUCACCUAAAAGUUAGGUUAAAACCGGGCCGUGUCGUUUCACUCGUUUCUCAUCCUCAUUCUUCUCUCUGGCCUGAUCUGUGAUAUUAUACGCUCGUCAUGUCUGCUACGGCUAUACAUAAAUUUAUAACUUUCGUAGGAUUUAUUUCUAUAUUACAUGCAGCCUAUUCGGCGGCACAGCAUCGUUCCUACUUGCGGAUCACCGAACAGGAGUUUACCACUUUGCCAAUCGAUAUUUUAAUCCAAGGUAUAGCCAGUUUAUUUGUCGUCAUGUAUGGCGUUAUGUACAUCGCUGGCGAUUUCAAAGAGAUUCGGGCAGUUGUCGAUUUGGAGAAUAAAUCUUGGGAGACGCUGCGAAAUCUACCAUCCUUUCAAGUAUUUAAUCAUCGUGGAAGAUCUCUAUCUCCAGAAUAUAUUCAAGAAUAAAACGAUAUAUUUUGAUAUCAGAUCAUUGACAAAAAUAUCAAAUCAUUUAUCUUGUUUGUUAAAUCACAGUUAGAACAGCAAAGAUCUAUUGAUAUUUAGUGGUAUCAAUUUAAUCAUGUAAUGUAUUUAUUAAUAUAUUAAAAUUAAAAAUAUAUCACUUUUAAGAAGGCAAGAUAUAUAUGUAUAUAAAGCAAACGAUAACUUGAUGUAUUACGUAGAUAUGAAAUUUAAUAAUUUAUUGCUGGAAAACAACUCGUAGCAGAUUAUGAUCUUUGUCCUCGUAAUAUUAAUCUAAAUCUUAAAACUUUAAAAUAUACGGCGAAUGGUUUUGUAUACACAUUUUACACGGUUCUGUGACAGUAGACAGUAUGAAUAAAAAAAUCACAAAUUUCA